AUGACACCAGACGCUCCCGUCGAGGCGUUGCCGUGCCCCGAAACGGACCAUCUCGAGUCGCCUGGCCGGAGCAACUGGAACCGUUUUCUGGGCCCGAAAUGCGACAGCAACAAUGACAAGACAAGAACGAGACACCCAACCCAUCAGAUCCAUCCGUUUUCGACUCGACCAACCUCGAACGUGUCCAAGUCCAAGCAUAAGUCGCCACCAAACCAACACCGCCGUGGCCGCAAGCACCGCGCCGUCGUAAUCAGACCCCGGCCUGUGCUGCCCUUACCGACAGUGCCAGUGCCCGCCAUCAGCGCCGCAUCCAGCGCCUGCGACGGUGCCUGUUCAGGUCCUUUUAGAGGCAAUCCAUCCCCCUCCUCCCCCCCCGGACCACCGCUCAUCCUCGGCCUCACCAUCCCAAGCAGCAUCACCAAACCUCGCCCCUUUCCCUUGACGGCCCCGUUUCCUCCUUUUCCCCCUCCAACCCCCGGCCAGUUCACCAAAGGCGUUCGAAACCUGGUCGCCCUUUGCCUUGGGUCCUUUGGGGUGCGUUUCCGGGUGCCCAAUGCGUACAUCCGGUGGAUCCUCGCUGUCCGCCGCCGUGUAACUCGUCCCCCCAAACCCAUCUAUUCUGCUCCAUACAAAGUGCAAGGAACCACGGCAACAAUGGCUUGCAGUCGGUCACAACUCACGCAGACACACACACACACACACACACACACACACACCCAGAUGGCCAUGGCUUCAUUACAGCAGCAGACGCAGCCUUCGGGCCUGAGCAGCCAUGGCAAGCUCACCAAGUCCCGCAGCCGCAUCGUCGUCAAGCCCAUCCUCAAGCGCCUGCACCACGUCCACUCCCACUCGGAGCGCAACUCGCUGGACCUCAACCGCGGCUGGGACGACCAGCCCGUGGCCACGACGCCCGAGCUCGAGUACAGCUCCUUCGACUUUGGCUCGCGCGAUCUCGACGACCUGACCAGCGACCGCCGGCUGUACUCGAGCUACCCAGCUGCGCCAGCUGCCGGCGCAAAGCUCACCCGCGACGUCAGCUUCACCAAAGAUGUCGGCCCUGUGGCGCCUGGCCUUGGCCGCGCAAACACCUUUUCCUCUCCCUCUCAUGCGCGCUCGACCAGCGGCAACUCGGUCUCAGCCACUGCCGCCCGCAUCGGAUCCUUCAUCCACCCUUCAAGGCAGAUGCCCCGGACCUCGACGCCGCCUCUCAACUCAUACGCCAACUCGGUGGUGUCGCUGGACAACGGCCUGACGGGCCAGCAGCGCGACUUGACAGCUGCCAUCGCCGAGAGCGACAGCGGCGACAACGACGAGCUUGACUUUGAAGAGCCGCUGGCCUCGCCCACCUCUCUGCGUCUCUCUCAAUCCGAGUCCAACCGCGCCGGCGCCACGGCGACAAAGAAUCUCUCCUACUCCUCCAGCCUCAGGUCCAACUCGCCCAACUCAAAACCAACGGCCACUGGCCGCCCAUCGCUGUCCGGAAGCCAGCGCACCAGCUCAGACGGCCCUUCAGUGAGGGCUGCCACCACUCGCUCCAACUCGGGCCCCUCUGUACAACGUCUCACCCAGGGCGCUGUGAAUCACCAAUCCGCCGCAAACGACGGCCCUUCCGUGCCAUUGCUCAUCUCUACCACGCAGCAAAAGACUGCCUCGAACCCCAUCUGCUCCACAACACCCACAUCCCCCUUCCGCGCUUCAUUAGACAUGAAUGGUUUCCGCCUUCGCUCACGGAGCGAGAUGGACACGUCUACCCGCCAGGAGCAGGUCCGCGAGGCCCGUCGCAAGUUCGAGGCCAAGGAGAAGGAGAAGGAGGAAAAGUACGCUCGUGAGCAGAUCCGCAAGCGGGAGCGUGACGCCGCCAAGGAAGCCCACAAGAACGAGCGGGCGCAGGCUCAGAAGCGAAAGACCAGCUUCGGACACACCAGCACCCUCUCCAGCGCGAGAAACUCGUCCAGUGUCCGCGAAAAGACCGAGUCAGACCCGCUCAACGGAGGCCAGGCGCAGGAGCCGCAGUUCCAGGCCCCCUCCAGAAGCAAGACGGCCAAGCGCAGGACAAACAGCCUCUGGACCGCCUUCAUCCUUUGGCUGAGAACCCGCCUUCUGAAGCUGGCCAGGCGAUAG